AUGAAGAGGCUGAUGCAAAGGUGCAAAUGGAUGGUGGUUCUUGGGGUUUGGAUGGAACGGAUCAUUGAGAAUGUCAGGAUGCAGAUAAACAGGCAAAUCAGGGAAAGGGAUAGGCCCACCCAGAUCAACCUGAAGAUCGAGAGAACUUUGUUGAUAAUGGCGUCAUUUCCUACUUCAUCACCAUCCAACCCUCCUCAGAACCCGAGGAUAAACAGCUCCUAUCAGUGCUCACUGAACAAUACCACCAAACCUCGCAACCAUUUAUGGAUGGCCUGCUUCACUAUGAUCCUUGGCACCACCUCCAACCUUAUUGCUCUGGGGAUCCUGUUUAAUUCUCGUGGCAAAUUCCGACGACAGUCCAAAGCGACGUUUCUGCGACUAACAGUGACUUUACUUUUGGUUGACCUUGGAGGUCAUGUGAUCCUAGGUGCCUUUGCAUUUUAUCAGACAUAUGGAAAACCCAGCGAUGCAUUCUGUGACAUCUUUGGAGCAAGCGCAUGUAAUCCCCGUAGGUGCCGGCAUAACUAA